AUGGCUCCGUAUGAUCAACAUCGCACAUCUUCGAUGCGUUCUUUGUUUGUGUUCUCCCUAUCGGUUGGUGCAGUUUUAAUUUUAGGGAUGUUGGCGAUAGCCCUGACCGGUACAUGGACAGUGAAAUACCUCGGAGGAUUCGCUUGGGAUGGGACAGCUCACGAGUUUAACUACCAUCCUCUUUGCAUGGUAAUCAGCAUGGUAUUUCUCUAUAGCGAAGGUAAGUUUCUUUGCAGCUUAACUGAAGCAUUACUGCCGCUUUGUCUCAUGUCAGUGGACUACAUUAUGUAAGUUUUCGUGCUGUGUUUUGUUCUUGCGAUUUACUUCGAAGUCUUACUUUCCUCCUAUGUAAAUCUUUUUCCUCAGCUUGCCAUGAGCCAGUUAAACCUCUGGUUUUGGCUUGACUGUUAGGAAAAGAACCACUAAAAUGAUGCAAAAAGUUGUACUCGAAAGCCGGUGUUAAUUUUAGAUUAUUGCAUGAUUAUAUUCGCUAAUUUUAAAUACCCCCGGUGCAGAGGUUACCAUGCAUGUUGUAAUUAACAAGGUAGUCGACUAAAGAGCGCAUAUUAAGACGGGAGAUAGUGCGCACUGCGUGUGUGUGAUAAUAUUCUAGAGAACUUUCCUUUCAAAUUUCUUCUUACAUACUUGCGUAUGUACGUCUAAUUUACAGUAACAGUUUACAGUAAUAAGGCAGGGAAUUCCCUUGAGACCUGAAAAGGCUAAACAAAACAUACAAACUAAAGAGGUAAUUAAGUUUUAACAACUGAGUUGAAAACGUAAAUUAGCCACCGUAGAGGGUAAAAAAGCUGAUGUUUCGAGCGUUAGCCCUUCGUCAGAGCGGGGCUAACGCUCGAAACGUCAGCUUUUUUACCCUUUACGGUGGCUAAUUUACGUUUUCAACUCAGUUGCUAAAACUUAAUUACCUGCUAUACUCUCCCACCAACGUAGCGCCACAGUUUCUUUAGAAACUUACGCCUUUAUACAAACUAAAGAGGUCGGUUUAUUGAGGAACUCGUGCUUUGUGAUGUCACGCAAUACUGAGAGAUCACUGCGUGACACCACUAAAAACGACCGGGAAUUAGACUUCGUGACAAAACGACCUCUUUCAACCGAUGAUGUCAUAGUGGAAGACGUAAAUAACUAUAGCUCAUUACGUUUAAUAUUUGUAAACCAUCAGACAUUUCAUAUUCUUUGCGAUUAAUAUAAACACGUUACUUUUUCGAAUAUGCAACAGGGGAGUAUUUGUGAUAUGCCCUUAGUGAUAAGGGCAUAUCACUGAGGGCAUAUCCUUGAAAAGUUGACUCAAGUUGGGAGAGAUUUCCCUAGACGGGACCUAGACGUUUGUAAACGUUUUGUUCCGAUCACUGCAAAAAAUGUUCCGAUGGCUGAAAUAAUAACCUCUGUUUGGCUUGAGGCUGUACGUACUCAUAUCUUUGUCCUUGGAUAUCAUCGUUUGAGCUUCGCUCUCGGUAAUCUGUGGGGGAGAGGGGGAGGCACAUAAAAGGUAUAGAAAUAAUUCAAAAUAAAUAAUGGGUUCCGAGACUUGCAACUUAUUCUAGGUUUAUAGAAAACCUUUGAUUAAAAAGCACAUUCGCCAUUAUGAGAAGCACAUCUCGUUACCAUGACAAUCUAAAGGAGCUCAGUAGAUUUUGUACCUUUUUUUUCCAGCCAUGAUUAUAUUCAGAGUCUUACGUCACCAAAACAAAUUCUAUGUAAAGCUGGUUCAUUUUGGUCUUCAGCUGGUGGCGUUUGGAAUCGCAGUCUGGGGUGUUAAGGCUGUGUUUGACUUCCACAACCAUAUGGGCUAUGCUAAUCUCUACAGCGUACAUAGCUGGUGUGGAUUGUCUACCGUCAUCCUCUUCGGUUGUCAGGUCAGUUAUCCAAAGCCAUUUUCUUUCUCCUCAUCGAGGCAAAACAGCAGUCAAACGUCUGUGCAUGUGCAAACGUUCAUAUGGCCAGGUGGCGGGCUUAGUUAGGGCCAAUUUGUCUUACUGGAAUUAUAAACAACCACAAAAACCAGUGCGUAACGAAAUUUUUAAAUCACAAAACAUUUUUGAUAAAGCUCAAAGCAGAAUGGUAAAUCGACAGGAUACCCUGGCUUAAAGGCCCAUUUUCACCCUUAAUGGAAUGCGCGCCGCGACCCAAUUUCCUGUAACAUUAAAUAAUUCCCAGAUUACUGAAAACCUUCUGAAAUCGUCUUUCUCAAGAGCUAUCAUGGACAUAUAGUCAACUGUUGCAUGCAGAUUGAAAAAAAUAUGGUUUUAGAGCUUACUUAUCCCUUAAAUGGCUGUACCUGUUUUUUUCUCUGCUAAAACCGGUUAUUUUCUGACAUUUGACAACUUGACGACCGAAGUCUCGAUGACGUUCUAGGAGAACGUAGUUCUGUAAUUGUUAGAUUCACAGAGCAUAUCAUUUUAUUUUCUUUAUUGUAGUCAUCUUUUUCUCCCCAGAUUCUGCUUGGUUUUGUAGGCUUUCUUUUCCCCAAGCUGCCUGAUGGUCUUCGCGCAGCUUACCUUAAAGUACAUGUGUUCUUUGGGGUGUUUAUUUUUAUGAUGGCCAUCGGCAGUUGCCUAUUGGGAGUGAAUGAAGAGCUUUCUUUCAACCCCAAGUGAGUACUUGUAAACUGACGAUUUUAGUAGUUUUAAUGAUUCAAGUACAGAUUUUUUUGUUGAUACCGAAGGAGUACUGGCCUCUAGUGGUUAGUUUUCUUUUUACCAAUCCUUCACUUGUUAACUUUGAUAAAAUGGCGCGAAUAUUUUCAAAACAAUCCCUUUUUUGGCCAAGUUAAUAUCAUUGAAAAAAAGGCCAUCGCAGAACGCGUAGCAUUCAGGACAGUGUAAUACAUUCAUGUGAUAAUAUUUACACUCUUAACUUUUGCAGCUACUCAAAACUACCACCUGUAGGAAUAUUGGGUAAUUCGUUGAGUGUCAUACUCAUCCUCCUAGCUGGCACAGUCAUGUUUGUGGUGACAAACUCAGCAUUCAAGAAGGUAAAUACAGGUGAAGAGCAAGUGUCGUUGAUAAAUGAUAAUCUAGCCUCUGCUUGA